GAGAGAUGUGCAGAGGGAUGGAGAGAUGGCUCAGUGGUUAAGAGCACUGACUGUUCUUCCCGAGGUUAUGAGUUCAGUUCCCAGCAACCUCAUGGUGUCUUACAUCUAUGAAGGGAUCUGACGCCCUCUUCUGGUGUGUCUGAAGACAGGUGUGGAGAAGGGCUGGAGAGAUAACUCAGCAGUGAAGAGCACUGACUGCUCUUCCAGAGGUCCUGAGUUCAAUUCCCAGCAACCACAUGGUGGCUCACAACCAUCUGUAAAGAGAUCUGGCGCCCUCUUCUGCUGUGUCUGAAGACAGUGACAGUGUACUUAUGUAUAUUAAUAAUAAAAAAAAGAGAUGUGUGGAGAGAUGUAUGACCAUAAUAAUAGUGUGGAAAGAUGUAUGACCUCAUAUGGUGUAGAUUCUUAGAUGGGAUGCAAUUCUACUAUGGUAUUUCAAAAUCUAAGUUUAAAACGAUUUGGAUUAAAUAUAGGAAUGAGACUCUAGAGAGGAUUUCUGGGGAGUAGAGAAGCCAGGGAGUAAUUUUUUUGCUUGGGGUUAAGAACACAUGGGUUCCUUGUGUUUGCUUCCAGCUCCCAUUAAAAACAGCCGGUGUCAGGUAGGCCCUCUCUGCCUUCACCACACGCCCCUGGGACACAUGCAAUCUAAUUUAUGCCUUCGUUUGUGACUUGCACGGCUUGCUGUACCGGAGACUUAUUUGUAAUUCCUGUGUUUCUAGUGUCCUGUUAUCCCUGACAGAUGGCAGGCAGCCUGGAGAUUGAGUUAUUUUGUAGCACGCUCAAGAAGUGUCAGGGUAGAAAAGAAUGUGUCUUCAUCCCCAAGGCUUCUGGGUAUUUUUGCACACCGCCUUGGUCGCUUUGAUGGAACCACCUUCCCUAUUGUCGUUUUGAAAUGGUAUUGUAACACUGCUCACGAAAUUGGUACCCUCUGCUUUGAAAUUGUUUUUGUUUUUGCAGUAUCCCAGGGUCUUACACAGAAUAGGCAAGUUCUACCCCUGAGUACUCCAGCCCCAUAUUUGUUUUAGAAAAUGGGUUUAAAAAGUCCUGGGAAAAAAAUACCUCACAGCUGUAAUCCCUCACUCAGGAUUGAAAGGCAAGAGGACCAGGAGGAGUUCAAGGUGUUCUCAACUGUACCGCAAGUUCGAGGCUGUCAGACCCUGUCUCAAAAACCAAACCGCCUCUCAUUCAUUAGCAUUUACCAUUAAUAUUGGGUGGUAUAUUGUGUAUAAAAUGUUCCCACUGAAAAGAAAUCUUACCCAUAGUGGUCACUCCCCGCUCCUCCUCCUAGCUGUUGACAACCACAUAUCUGCUUUCUGUCUGUCUGAUCUGCCUUUUCUGGUGUUUUAUAUAUGUGGAAUCGUAUGGUACCUGACCUUUGAGGCCAGCUCCUUUCACUUAGCAUGGUGUUCUGAGGCUCAUCUAUACUACAGGAUGGGUAGCACUUCAUCCUUUUUUAUGACUGAGUAGUGUUCCAUUGUAUGGAUAUAUUCAGAGAGUGGGAAUAUACUACUACAAAAAUUGAAAUCCAAGUCUCUGUGUGGACCAUUGUGUUCAGUUCCUAGCUUAGGAGUGAAUUAUUGGGUCUCAAAUAACUCAAUGAUUAAUUUUUGCUGUCUUGAGAUAGAGUCUAUCUUAGGGUAACUGUUGCUGUGACAAACACCAUGACCAAAGCAACUUGGGGAGGAAAGGGUUUGUUUGACUUACGCUUCCACAUCACUGUUCAUCACUGAAGGAAGUCAGGACAGGAACUCAAACAGGGCAGGAACCUGGAGGCAGGAGCUGAUGCAGAGGCCAUGGAGGGGUGCUGCUUACUGGCUUGCUCAUUAUGGCUUGCUCAGCCUGCUUUCCUAUAGAACCGACAACCACCAGCCCAGGGAUGGCACCACCCACAAUGGCUUGGCCUGGGGCCUCCCCCAUUGAUCACUAAUUGAGAAAAUUCCUCACAGCUGGAUCUUAUGGAGGCAUUUUCUCAACUGAUGCUCUCUUUCGGAUGACUCUAGCUUGUGUCAAGUUAACAUAAAACUAGCCAUCACUAGUUUGCGCUGUGCAUGCCAGGUUGACUUAAAUUUUGCUUGACAGCCCAGGUGAUACUUGAACUCACAGGUCUCAUGUUUCUCUGGAAGCCGCUGGGGUUAUAGUAUGUUUCAGUUCUGGGAGGACCUGCCAAACUGUUGACUAAAAUGAUUGGACUAGUUUCCCUUUCUACAGGAGUGUAUAAAGGCUUUGGUUUCUCCUGUGGUGUGUGUUGCUCCUCUUAACUCUGGUUCUAGCUCUUCUCAUAAGCAUAAAGUGGUGUUUCAUGUAGCAUUGACUUUCAUUUCCCUAAUGACCAUGAAGUUAAACGACUUUCCAUGUACUCAUGACCAGUGGAGAAUGAGGGCUUACUGCAUCAGCAGAAUGAUCUAAAGAUGUUGGUACCCAUGUGAAAAGCUGGGGAUGUCUGCGCAUGCGCACGUACACAAUUGGGUUUUGUUUAUAGAUUGUAAAAGUUUAAAAAUAUGUUGGGUACAAGUACUAUAUCAAAGGUGUGGUUUAUAUUCUAUAGGGCUCCCUCGCCCGCACUGUCUCCCUCCCUCUCGUCUUUCCUCUCUCCCUUCCCCCCUUUCUUCUUUCUUUCUUGGAAAGUGCCCUUUAAAUUAUAAAAUUUGGGCCUGGAGAGAUGGACUAAAGGUUAAGCACACUUGUUGCUCAGGCAGAAGCCUCAGUUUCUGUAUCUGCCACUCGCCUGGAGGCUCACAGUCACCUGUAAUUAGAGUUCCAGAGAAUCCAGCGCCUCCUCUGGCCUCUAAGCACCUGGCCACACAUGGUGCACAAAUGUGAAAUAAAAAUAAGUACAGAGCUCUUGGCUGCUUGUGGGUUCUCUGUGCCUUUGCCACAGCCCAAAACUGUGGCUUAGUUAUGGUCGUGGAGCUGUGCUCCUCUCUAAAAAAAUAUUUUAUUCUCUGCAUAUUGGUAUUUUGCCUACAUGUUUGUCUGUGGACCACUUGUGUGCCUGGCACCCACAGAAGUCAGAAGAGGAAAAGGGCAUUGGAUCCCCUAGAACUGGGGUUAAAGAUGAUUGUGAGCUGCUAUGUGGGUGCUGGGAAUUGAACCCAGGUCUUUUAAGUGCUCUUAACUGCUGAGCUAUCUCUCCAACCCUAAAGAUUUAUAGUUUUAAUUCUUUUAUUUGAGACAAGGUCUCACUAUCGAGCUCUGGCCGGUCUGAAAUUGCUCUUCCAGAAGAGCAGACAGUACUCUUAGCCUCCGAGCCAUCUCUCCCAGUUCUAAUUUUUAUAUUGAGGUCUGUGACCUACCAAAAGCUUCCCAGACCACCACUCCCAGCCUGUGGCAGUCAUGUCCUCAUUCUUUUCUCCCCAGGGCCCUUGUUGAGGACCCCGCCACUUCUCCCUUGCAGUUGCAGCCUAGCUUCUCCAGCAAACACUGUCAGUGCAGUUGGAGGACAGCAUGGUGGGGUUGGGGAGUACCACGCUAGUCUGAUGAGUGGAGUGGGUGUGUGAUAAUAUUGCUGAACUCCUGUCCAGGCCAGCCGUGGCGCUGUCCACUGGGCGUGUGGUGCUAAACUCGGUAGAUGUCAUUUCCUGAGCUGCAGAACCUGCUGGUUAAGGGGAGAGAGCUAGGCAUUAAACAAACAGUUGUUUAAGUCUACAGUAGUCAGUAACAGAUUGGAUCAUGCCCGUUCCAGAAUUUUAUUCUCUCUUUACUGCUUUGGAAUCAAACCCCAACUCAGUGGAAUCAGAUCCCAGUCCACUCUUGACUGCUUCUCUGUCCAUUGCUCUCUGUCUCUCCUGGUCCCAGUCCAAGGACUGCCUACUGUGGCCCAGAUGGCUAUCACAACCUUGCUUGCCCAUGUCCUCUGUCCAGCCUGCAUGCUAUCAUUGGACCUUUGAGGCCACUAUAGCAAACAUAACUUCCUCUGGCAGACCUUUCUUCUUGGUCACUAUCACUUUCCAAAAUAAUAAUAAUAAUAAUAAUAAUAAUAAUAAUAAUAAUAAUAAUAAUAAACCUUUAUAGGAUGUUCAGGUAUAGACUCCAAAGGGACAGCUAGGGGUAAAAGUUUGUAGUAGAAGGCUUGCCUGACAUACACAUGGUGCUGAAUUCCAUUCCCAGCAUCACAAGAAGCUAAAGCUAAUGUUAACAACACGGGGCAGCGUGUACCCCUUCCACCUCACCUCCACCCUGGGAAGAGCAUGCUGGGUAUUGGAGCUGGAGAAUAAACCAACAUGUUCUUCCUCUUGAAGAGCAGAAGGACGGGAGUGCUUAGGCUCUGGGAAUCUGCAGCCAGUCCAGGGCACUGGUGUCUCCAUAGAGACAAAGAUCUUAAGAAUCAUCCUGCCAAGGGAGCUAACAGAUAUCCCACCCCAGAGCUGAGCAGAGUUACACAUCCCAGUGUUGGAAGGACAGUCUGGAAGCUCUGCAGAACCUGCUCAAAUCUCUGUUUAGUGAUGCCCUUUCUGUGCUUCUGAGGGGCUGCUGGGCUUGUCUUGUGGCAAGGCCAUGAAACCCAGUGGCUUGAGCUCAGAGGUUCAUCUGGUGGGACUAGGGAGCUGUUGGUUUAAUUCAGGAGCCUGCAGUAGUCUGAGCUUGGAGGUGGACAGGAUUGGGCUGGUCCCCACCCCCACCCACAUCGUUCAGGUCCUUAGGUGCUGCCCUGGCAGAAGAUAGAGGGGUACAGGGAUGAGAAUGGCUGUGCCUGACUGGAGCUGCCUGAGCUGACAGGGAUGGCAGGAGUCAGCAAGGGACUGAAGGUCUGGUAGCUUCUGUUCCAUCCGGCCUAGAGCCCUGCGGGUGCAGGCAGUUAAUCUCUGAAGGCCAGAGUCGCUGCUUCUGGAGAGCAGGAACAUUGAACUUUUCAAUCACAUUAAUUUCCACAGGAAAUUGUUGUCUUCCUUUUGUCCAAAGGUUAGUGAUUUAUAUUUACCAUCUUCUUAACUAGCCUUGAAAUUUACUGUUGCUAGGUCACCACCAGCAUCAAUAAAUUUCAGGUGUCUGCUGAGCAUAGCCUAGCGGCUUGGUCCUUGGGAGGGUACGUAUCCAGCCCUUUUAAAAGGUUGGCUGUCUAGCUACAGUCCUUGUGUAAAUGCCCCCACAGAGGGGGUGUCACCUACCUUGCAGGGGAAAUGAGGUGGGUGGGACAUGUUUUUAGGGAAGUCAUCAGAUAUGCAUGGUGCCAACAGUUGGCUUCUGCUUUAAGUACAUCACAGAAGGAGGGGUGCUUCCAGCCAUGGACGGCGCUGACCCUGGAGGUGCUCAAGGUACAGAGCAUACGUCACACAGCAUACCUGCCUAUGGUGUUACAGGGUUAACGUCGUGAAUACAGGCUGCAGUGUUCUCUUGGCAGCACAGUGGAGGAGUGGCUGGAGUCAGGCAGCCUCCUGUCUCUGCUACUGUCAUUUUACCCAGUUCUUUUGUUAUUUUUGUUUUUUUCUUUUUCUAUUUUUCGGAGCUGGGGACUGAACCCAGGGCCUCGCGCUUGCUAGGGGGAAGGGUGUCUCACGUGCCUCAGGCUGACUUCGAACCUUGACUUCACUCUCUAACUGACGACAACCUUGAACUUCUGAUCCUCUCGUCGCCACCUCCGGGGAACUAGGACGAUCUAGAGAACAGCCAAGGUGGGAAGGAGGCCGGGAAGCAACAGCCUGUGGUGAUUCUCUUGGGCUGGGGUGGCUGCAGGGACAAGAACCUGGCCAAGUAUAGUGCCAUCUACCACAAAAGGGGCUGCAUUGUGAUCCGAUACACGGCCCCCUGGCACAUGGUCUUCUUCUCUGAGUCCUUGGGCAUUCCCUCACUUCGUGUGGUGGCCCAGAAGCUGCUUGAGCUCCUCUUUGACUAUGAGAUUGAGCGGGAGCCUCUGCUUUUCCAUGUCUUCAGCAAUGCCGGCGUCAUGCUCUACCGCUACGUGCUGGAGCUCCUUCAGACCCAUCAGCGCUUCCGCCAUUUGCAUGUGGUGGGCACCAUCUUUGACAGUGGCCCUGGGGAUAGCGACCUGAUAGGGGCCCUGAGGGCCCUGGCAACCAUCCUGGAGCGCAGACCUGCCGUGCUUCGCCUGUUGCUCCUGGCAGCAUUUGCGCUGGUGGUGGUCCUGUUCCACUUCCUGUUUGCUCCAUUCACGGCCCUCUUCCACACCCACUUCUACGACAGGCUGCAGGAUUCAGGCUCCUGCUGGCCCGAGCUCUACCUCUACUCUAGAGCUGAUAAGGUGGUCUCAGCCAGGGAUGUGGAACGGAUGGUGGAGGAACGCCUGGCUCACCAGGUCUCAGUGCGCGGAGUGGACUUCGUGACAUCUGCGCAUGUCAGCCACCUCCGAGACUAUCCUACUUACUAUACAAGUCUGUGUGUUGACUUCAUGCAUAAUUGUGUCCAGUGCUGAGGCCCUGCUCCAGAAAUAAAUGCCAACACCUCCCUUCAA